AUGGAGCUUGCGACGGAGCACGUGCGCUUGCUUGAUGCAGGCAAGUUGCGUCUGGCGUACACUUCGCCGCUGUCCACAGACUGCUUCGCGUCAGUGGCUUCUCCGAAGACGCAGCUGCUGCAACACGGCAACACUUACGGCCUGACCUUCACGGCGACGGCGCGAGGUUUUGUCAUGACGACGAACAAGGAGCUCGAAGCUCGUUGCAUUGAGUACAAUCAACGACGACAGGAAGCUUUGGACCGCGGCGAAGGAAGAGCAACUAUCGAGACUGACGAGCUGCCGGUAUCCAGAGAGAUCGAGCUGCCGUUUACUGCCUACUGGAUUGCACUCUCUUCAGACGAGCUCUUGGUGGCAGUAGCAUAUGCGAGCUCAGUUGCAUUGUUUGAAGUUGCGCACAUCGUCGAGGCGGUGAACCCAGCGCCUUUCCACACGUUUGCCGAGCUGCAAGCACAAGAAAUUGCAUGGUGCUCGGACUCCAAACGAGUGGCAGUGUUGACGCUAGAAAAGCAUGUGGUGGUGUGCACGCUUGACGGGGCCAAAAUCAGGAUUGAAACACCGACCGCCGCGUCAUCCAUGUCUUGGUCUCCAUCGAAGAAGCAUAUCGCAGUUGGCUUAGUUGACGGCACGAUUGCCGUCUUUGAUCAGGACACACUUCGAAUGGCUCGAUCUCUUGGUCAGCCUGAAUGCUGCGGUGAUGCAAUGUUUGCUGUUCACCAUGUCAACUGGGCAGAGGAAGAGCUGAUGCUGGCUGGAUAUUGCAAACAUGAUGAAAAAAACGAAGAAACGAGCGCUCUGGUUUGCAUUUUUGACAACGGCAAGUGUGUGGAGCUGGACGAGGUCGUCGGCUUUUUCGACGUGGAGAAUCGAAGUCAUCAGUACUUUUCUACGUUCUUACGGGAUUGGCGGAUGUUCUUUAUUGGCUGCUCUCUGAGCGCAGAUAUUGAGCUGCUCGUAUCGGAUCCGGAAGGUGGUGAGUGGGAACUGUGGAAACCCCUCGAAAAGUAUCAAGCGCGCCUUCCGAUGAACGCUGAGGAUGAGGAAUCGUUUCCCAUGGGUUUUGCCCUGAAUCUAAACUCGACGUUGCCUGUCCCGGUCGAUGAAGACACAUUUUCGCCUGUGCCCAUCGUUUCGUGCUCCAGUACUGAUGGGCUUCUAGUCAACUUUGCAUUCGUGGACACAACUGUCCAAGAAGUCGAGUUUGUCAACACUCCGUUGCCGUUUGAUAAGACAGCAACGCGUACAGCCGCGGCAGUGGUGGAGCCGAAGGCAUGUGAUCGCGGAGCGACGAAUAAGCUCCAGAGUACAUCCGACGUAACGUCAGUAGACAAAAGUGCCUCACAAAGCUCCACAUUCUCACAUGGUUACGGCCAGAAUGACGAGAAUGAGUUUGCAGAUUCUGACAGUGAAUCGAGUGAUGAAGAAGAAGAACGCAAAGAAGAACUGGAGAAAGCUAGAACCGCGUUCCACACGAUCGCAUCUGAUGGAGCCAGCUAUAUUCUUUCUGAGCACUUUCCCAAGUUGUUUAAGGCAUUGGGAUCUACGUACUCUGAAGACGAGCACGCAAGCACAGUGAAAAGCCUCGAGAAGGAUGGAAAGGUGUAUGAGGCAGAUUUCGUUUCUUGGUACGUGAAUUGGAUUUUUGGCGACGACGACUUGGAGUCGGACGAUGAGACAAACGCACCUGCAUUGUCGGCGACAGAGCCCGUCAAAAUGAAGUCUAAGGACGAAAUCACAGCGGCAUUCUCGAAGUUUACGACCAAGGAAGGAAGCUGGAAGUGCGAUGUGUGUAUGGUUGGCAACGACCCGGAGGCGGUCAAGUGUAGUGCCUGUGAGGCUCCAAACCCUGCUGCGCCUAAGGUCAAGACCCCUAUAACGACGACGAGUGGCAUGUCUACAGGCACGAUUGGUUCGGGUGGGUUUUCGUUCCCCGUUUCUGCAGAAGAUGCCUCGAAACCACCAUCAUUUUCCUUCGCUGCAUCCCCCGGUGCAGCAAUAUCCGGCGCAAGCAAUUUUGGCGGGUUCACGUUUGCUGAUACGGUGCAAACAUCGGGGGUCAGCUUUCCGAGCAGUACAAUCGCAUCUGGAACAGGUUUUAGUUUCCCAUCUACCGCGACGUCUUCGACCGGCAUGAAAAUUGACCUGCAUCGCGAUAGCUCUAGCGAUGAUGUGAGCAAGUUGCCGUCAAGCACCGGUGUUGUCGAGCAGAUUGCGUCGCACGAGUAUGGUCAAAGGAGUGAGCACCGGUAUGCAGAGUCUGAUGGUGAGGAGAGUGACGAUGAGAAAGAGAUAAAGGAAGAGGAAAGUAACGCCAGAACCGCAUUUCGCUCUAUUGCGCAAGAAGGAACUGAUUGUAUCACCGCAGAUCAAUUCCGAAAGCUCCUUGCCAGUUUGAAAUUAACUCAUUCCGACGAACAGCGUGCUAGCACCCUCAACAUCUUGGAAAAGAAUGGAAAGGUGCAUGAAGCCGAUUUCGUUUCGUGGUACGUCGGUUGGAUCUUCGGCGAUUCUGAUUCCGGACAUGAUUCAAAUUCGCUCUCAUCCUCCCCGACACAAAAAGCAAACAACGGUUACGGCCAGAACGACGAGAAUGAGUUUGCAGAUUCUGAUAGUGAAUCGAGUGAUGAAGAAGAAGAACGCAAAGAAGAACUGGAGAAAGCUAGAACUGCGUUCCACACGAUCGCAUCUGAUGGAGCCAGCUAUAUUCUUUCUGAGCACUUUCCCAAGUUGUUUAAGGCAUUGGGAUCUACGUACUCUGAAGACGAGCACGCAAGCACAGUGAAAAGCCUCGAGAAGGAUGGAAAGGUGUAUGAGGCAGAUUUCGUUUCUUGGUACGUGAAUUGGAUUUUUGGCGACGACGACUUGGAGUCGGACGAUGAGACAAACGCACCCGCAUUGUCGGCGACAGAGCCCGUCAAAAUGAAGUCUAAGGACGAAAUCACAGCGGCAUUCUCGAAGUUUACGACCAAGGAAGGAAGCUGGAAGUGCGAUGUGUGUAUGGUUGGCAACGACCCGGAGGCGGUCAAGUGCAGUGCCUGUGAGACUCCAAACCCUGCUGCGCCUAAGGUCAAGACCCCUAUAACGACGACGAGUGGCAUGUCUACAGGCACGAUUGGUUCGGGUGGGUUUUCGUUCCCCGUUUCUGCAGAAGAUGCCUCGAAACCACCAUCAUUUUCCUUCGCUGCAUCCCCCGGUGCAGCAAUAUCCGGCGCAAGCAAUUUUGGCGGGUUCACGUUUGCCGAUACGGUGCGAACAUCGGGGGUCAGCUUUCCGAGCAGUACAAUCGCAUCUGGAACAGGUUUUAGUUUCCCAUCUACCGCGACGUCUUCAACUGGACUACAAUCUUGUGCUGCUGAAGACUCGAUUGUUGAUCCGUCUAGUGCUAGCAAGAGCAGCUAUCCUCCGGACACGACGUCGCAGCCGAAGCCUCCUACGUUUGGCACUGCUAGCAAGAGCAGCUAUCCUCCGGACACGACGUCACAGCUGAAGCCUCCUACGUUUGGCACUGCUAGCAAGAGCAGCUAUCCUCCGGACACGACGUCGCAGCCGAAGCCUCCUACGUUUGGCACUGCUAGCAAGAGCAGCUAUCCUCCGGACACGACGUCGCAGCCGAAGCCUCCUACGUUUGGCACUGCUAGCAAGAGCAGCUAUCCUCCGGGCACGACGUCGCAGCCGAAGCCUCCUACGUUUGGCACUGCUAGCAAGAGCAGCUAUCCUCCGGACACGACGUCGCAGCCGAAGCCUCCUACGUUUGGCACUGCUAGCAAGAGCAGCUAUCCUCCGGACACGACGUCGCAGCCGAAGCCUCCUACGUUUGGCACUGCUAGCAAGAGCAGCUAUCCUCCGGACACGACGUCGCAGCCGAAGCCUCCUACGUUUGGCACUGCUAGCAAGAGCAGCUAUCCUCCGGACACGACGUCACAGCCGAAGCCUCCUACGUUUGGCACUGCUAGCAAGAGCAGCUAUCCUCCGGACACGACGUCGCAGCCGAAGCCUCCUACGUUUGGCACUGCUAGCAAGAGCAGCUAUCCUCCGGACACGACGUCGCAGCCGAAGCCUCCUACGUUUGGCACUGCUAGCAAGAGCAGCUAUCCUCCGGACACGACGUCACAGCCGAAGCCUCCUACGUUUGGCACUGCUAGCAAGAGCAGCUAUCCUCCGGACACGACGUCACAGCCGAAGCCUCCUACGUUUGGACGCGAGACAAUGCCUGAUAAGACUACAUCGUCGUCCUUGUUUACUGUCGGUACGAAAACGAUUGGUUCGCAGUCGAAGUUGUUCGCACCAGUGGAUAACUUGGAUAGCGCCGUCGCUCCAGCAGAGUCGAAAUUUCGAUGGGAAAGUGCAUUUGGAGGCGGUGUGGCCACAAAGACAGCAGGUAGCACCUCGUCGUCACCAUUCGGCUUAGUCCCAAAACCCGUUUCGCAGAGUGCGUUUUCAUUUGGCUCAGCGCGCGCGAGUGGAUCAACGGAUUUUGCCGGAAAAAGUAACGCAGCACGGCCAAGCUUAUCGUUCGGCAGUUGGUCGUCAGCGCUGGAUACAAGUAAGGAGCAUGACAUCCUUGAGGACCAAGUUCCGACGAAGCGUACGCUGAAUUUUGAAGAUUAUCGCGCUCUUGAAGCAAAGACGACUUCCGUUCUAGUGCCAAAGGAGAGUGCGAUACCGCCUGUUGGUCCCGCUGAGUCAGGCAUCAGUAUUCCUUCGUCACAUAUGGAAGGCCAAUUGUGGAAACUGAUUGUGAAUUUUGACAAGUCUCUUCAGCGGGUGAAUCAGAACUCGACGAAAAUACUGUCAAGCGAUCCCGAGUUCUCAAUAAAUUGUGUGGCGAGAAUAGACAAGAUACGCAUUCAAAUAUCCGAAUUCUGUACGACGAUCAACGACCUCGACGAGUUACGGGACCAAAUCGAGAAGGAUGUCCUAUAUGUGAUCGGAAGUGACGGUGACGUGCACGAGCAGCUUGAGUACAGCCGCGAAAUGCUGAACAGCUUUAACGACGAGGUUCUCAAGAGAGCCCUGGAAAUACAACCUCUCGAUCAGCGAUCCCAGCAAACUUGGGACUCGUUGAAGCUGAAAUUAGCUAAGGUCAAAAAGUGCUGUCUCGAACUUGACAGUUAUCUCUCGUCGUCGAAGAUCGGCGCGGACGAACUUGGUGCUGAGUCUUCAGCGCAUCUGUUCCGUGUGUUGAAGCAAACAUACGACAAAUCGAAGAUGCAGUACAAUGAAGUGUGUAAGCUGGCUGAGUAUCUGAAAGAGCUGAGGAUGGGCAGCGACCGUGCGUAUCAAACUAGUGGUGGGAUCACUGCUAUCGAAAGUGAAGCUCCUUCUACAGCAACCAAGGCGGAUAUGAUUCAGAUGAUCGUGGAGACUGAGGAACGUCGUCAAGCUGUGCGUCGCAACUUUUUGGCUUUAUGCAAUAAUGUAGUUACUCCUCGUGACGUAGUCUCGACACCGCGGCGGAAAUUGGCCCCUCUUACUCCUUCAAGCUCUUCGGCGUCGCCGCUUCUUGCCAAAGCCAGUAGCAAGCUGAUGCCAAAGAUGCGCUUGAGCGUUGCUUCUCCGCUGAGCUCAGCCAAGCAGUCGCCAAAAUCUGCUUCAUUCAAGAACACUCCCAUCAAGUCUGGAUCGAAGCUGUCGGCGUUGGCAGAAGCUAUGGUGCCGAAAGAGGAGGCCGCCAAGUUGGUGCAGACCCCACAUUCAACAAAAGCAAUCGUGGGUGUCGGUAGAGCGCCUCAGAGACCGAGUCUGAGAGUCCCGCCUGCUGAGAAGAAGCCUGCAUCGACGACAUUUUCUACUGCGCGGUCAUCCAACGCAGUUGGUUUUCCGAAGUCUUCGAAGGAAACUGCGACUUCCGUAGCAGCUCUCGCCAAGACGGACGAUGCAAAGACUGCAACAGGUUCUCCGUCGAGCGAGCCCGGAGUCAAUGUACCCAUAGUAAAGGCGAAACCCGGAGCUGACGCCAGACCGACUGCUGCGUCUUCUCCCGGAGGAACAGACUCAUUUCCAAAGUCCUCUUUCACCUUCGGCUAUGGAUCAAGUAACGCGAAGGGUGCCACACAGCCGCUUUCUACAACUCCUGCUGCGGUGGACUACAAGGCCCUGAUGGAAAAGUUCUACAAGGUCCACAAUCCAUCAAAAAUUGACGGAGGCAUGAUGGAUAAGAUUCUGACAACGUACAAGGGCAAGGAGAAAGACUUGUUUGCUCGUCUCUUUAGCAUGUAUGUCCCCGAUUCGACGCCCGAUGAUGUGGCCAAGUAUCUACACGGAGGUCCGGUUCCCCCGAAAUCCGAGUCCGGGGCAGCGGCUUCGAAACCUGUCACGCCAGCAGCUAAGAGUCCGUUUGUCGGGUCAUCUUCCACUCAAGCAAGUCCGUUUACGGCAUCUUCGGCUCAAGCAAGUCCGUUUGGGACAUCAUCUGCUCAGGCAAGUCCGUUUGGGGCUCCUCCUUCGGCAUUCAGCCUCAAUCCUGCCACAAACAUGUCGUCUGGUUUCGGUGGCUUUGGAUCUUCCACGGCGGUCUCUUCGUUCACUACGCCGGCAUUCCCGACGCCUACUUUUGGCAAGCCAGCUGUCGACUAUCGUCAGAAGCUGGUGGACUUUUACCAGAAGUACAACCCGAGCAAGCUCAGCAGUGUGGAUGCCACGUUGCAGAAGUACAAGGGGAACGAAGAAAAACUCUUUCAGAAUUUGGCUACCAAGUACAGGGUGGAUGUCUCGAACGUGAGUGGUGCGUGCGUUCCGCCUGCUAGUCCAGCUAUGCAGCCUACCAAGCCGAAUGCGGCAGCAAGCCCUUUUGGCAAACCAGGAGCAUUUUCAGUCCCGAGCACUUCGAGUGGACCAACAUUUGGGUCUACUAACUCAGUCGGUUUCGGUGGAGCAACGCCAUCCCCAGUGGCGUCUCCGUUUGGUGCAGGAUCGACCCCAGCUUCGUCUCCAUUCGGAGCUAUCCCCUCUCAGCCCGCCAGUGGUUUCGGGUCUGCUGGCGGAAUAGGAUUCGGUGGUGGGUUUCAAUCGACCAUUGCUACGAACCCCUCUCCAUUUGGAGCAACAACGGCCGGAUUCGGAGUUGCUCCGAGUGGCGGAUUCGGAGCUGCUCCGGGCGGCUUUAACUAUCGUGAGAAGCUUACAGCUUUUUACCAGCAACACAACCCCGCUAAGCUAGGCUCUGUCGAUGCGACGUUGGAGAAGUACAGGGGCCGAGAAGACCACCUCUUUGCAAUGCUGGAGCAAAAGUAUAUGAGGAAGGCGCCGAUGACAGCCCUGAGUACAGGAGGCUUUGGUAUUCCUAGUACCUCAACGUUUGGUGGUGGUGGUGGUGGUGGCGGGUUUGGCGCACCAUCAGGCUUGGGGGUAGCAAGUCCUACUCCUGCAUUUGGUUCGGCUUCGGCAUUAGGAGCCGCCGCGCAGCCUGUCUUUGGUGGAGCUGCAGGCAUGGGCUUCGGCGGAAUGGCGUCGCAAAUGAGCGGGGGAUUUGGUUCGGCUGCUCCUGCUGCGGGCGCUGGCUUUGGUUCUCAGCCCCCAGCGUUUGGUAUGGCUACGCAGCAGUCUAGUGGCUUUGGUGCUGCUGCCCAGAACAGUGGUGGUUUUGGCUCUGGUUUCGAUGGUGGUGCAGCGGCCGGCAGCUUUGGCAAACCAGCUGCAUUCACGAGCGCGAGCUUUACCCAGAUGCGGUGA